AUGGAGUGGAUUAAUGAGACGGUGGUGAGAGAGUUUGUCUUCCUGGGCUUCUCAUCUCUGGCCGGGCUGCAGCAGCUGCUCUUCAUUGUUUUCCUCCUCCUCUACCUCUUCACCCUGGGCACCAAUGUCAUCAUCAUUUCCACCAUUGUGCUGGACAGGGCCCUUCACACUCCCAUGUACUUCUUUCUUGCUGUUCUUUCUUGCUCUGAGACCUGCUAUACAUUUGUCAUUGUACCCAAGAUGUUGGUUGAUCUGCUGGCCCAGAAGAAGACCAUCUCCUUCCUGGGUUGUGCCAUCCAGAUGUUUACUUUCCUCUUUCUUGGCUGCUCUCACUCCUUUCUUCUGGCAGCCAUGGGUUAUGAUCGCUACGUGGCCAUCUGUAACCCACUGCGCUACACAGUGCUCAUGGGACAUGGAGUAUGUGUGGGACUAGUGGCUGCUGCGUGUGCCUGUGGCUUCACUGUGGCCCAAAUUAUCACAUCGCUGGUUUUUAAUCUGCCCUUUCACUCCUCCAACCAACUCCAUCACUUCUUCUGUGACAUUUCCCCUGUCCUCAAGGUGGCAUCUUACCAUACUUACUUCAGUCAGAUUGUCAUCUUCCUGCUUUGUGCGUUGGUCCUCGUUAUCCCACUGUCGUUGAUCUUAGUCUCCUAUAUCCACAUCAUCUCUGCCAUACUCCAGUUUCCUUCUACGACGGGCAGGUACAAAGCCUUCUCCACCUGUGCUUCCCAUCUCAUUGUCGUCACUGUGCACUAUGGCUGUGCCUCCUUUAUCUACUUAAGACCUAAAUCCAACUACUCCUCAAGCCAGGAUGCUCUGAUCUCAGUGUCCUACACCAUCCUAACUCCAUUGUUCAACCCGAUGAUUUACAGCUUGAGAAAUAAAGAGUUCAAAUCAGCCCUUCGCAGAGUUGUGGGAAGAACAAUUUCCCUACCACAACAUUAA